CUCCUCCGCGGUCCGGCCGCCAAGCUGGGCAUGCUCAGUGCGGCCGCCGCGCCGCCGUCCGCCAACUCGGGAGCUCGCGCUCCCGGGCCGUGGGGGCGAGAACGCUGGCGACAGCGAGCGACGCCCCCAGGCAGCCGCAAACUUCGCGGCGUCCGCAGUCUGGCGAGCCAGACACCUCGCAACGUCAAAUCCAAUUCCCCAACCCUAACGGAGCGAUGGAGGCUGCGGCCGCCAGGGCGUCCCGGCUGCCCGCCCCUGCCUAGCCGCUAGCUAGGGACCAACAGCGCCACGGCGAGCCAGAGUGGAGGGAAGAGGGAGUCUGUCUGCAAAGUGCUGCUCCCUGGUGCUCAGAGGCGGCUGCUCCAGCUCCAGCUCCAACUCUCAUUCAUUUCGCCGGUUAACAUGAGAGAUCAUGGCCGCCUUCGGGCUUCUCAGCUAUGAGCAGAGACCGCUGAAGCGCCCGCGGCUCGGGCCGCCCGACGUCUACCCGCAGGACCCUAAGCAGAAGGAGGAUGAACUUACAGCUGUGAAUGUAAAGCAGGGAUUCAACAACCAGCCGGCCUUCACUGGAGACGAACAUGGCUCAGCCAGAAACAUUGUAAUCAACCCAUCCAAGAUCGGUGCGUAUUUCAGCAGCAUAUUGGCCGAGAAACUGAAGCUUAACACUUUCCAGGACACCGGAAAGAAGAAACCCCAAGUUAAUGCUAAAGAUAAUUACUGGCUGGUUACUGCCCGAUCGCAGAGUGCAAUUCAUAGUUGGUUCUCUGACCUAGCAGGGAAUAAACCACUUGCUAUCUUGGCAAAAAAGGAGCUGCCUCUGGCCAAGUCAGGUGUCCCUCAGGUCCCCAUCCUCAGUAAAAAAGAGGACGUCUUUGCAUAUUUAGCUAAGUAUUCUGUGCCAAUGGUUCGAGCAACGUGGCUGAUCAAGAUGACUUGUGCCUAUUACUCUGCUAUUUCUGAAGCUAAAAUUAAGAAACGCCAGGCUCCCGAUCCCAAUUUGGAGUGGACACAGAUAUCUACCAGAUACCUCAGAGAGCAGUUGGUCAAAAUCUCUGACUUUUACCACAUGGCUUCCAGUACAGGUGAUGGUCCUGUCCCUGUGCCACCAGAGGUUGAGCAAGCCAUGAAGCAGUGGGAGUACAACGAGAAGCUGGCAUUUCAUAUGUUCCAGGAAGGAAUGUUGGAAAAGCACGAGUAUUUGACUUGGAUCCUGGACGUCUUAGAGAAGAUCAGACCAGUGGAUGACAGCCUUCUGAAGCUACUUUUGCCCCUGAUGUUGCAGUAUUCAGAUGAGUUUGUUCAGUCAGCCUACCUGUCUCGUCGUCUCGCGUACUUUUGUGCCCGGCGUCUUUCCUUGCUACUGAGUGAUAGCCCCAACCUCCUUGCUGCUCACUCGCCCCACAUGAUAAUCGGAACAAACAACACGAGUAUUGGGACCCCCAGCCCUGGCACCCCUGGCCCUGGCAUGAGCCCUGUGCAGCUGGCCUUCUCGGAUUUCCUUUCCUGUGCACAGCAUGGCCCCCUGGUUUAUGGACUUAGUUGUAUGUUGCAGACUGUCACUCUGUGUUGCCCAAGUGCCUUGGUGUGGAAUUAUUCCACCAAUGAAAAUAAGAUCUCGAAUCCAGGCUCUCCCCUGGAUCUGCUGCAGGUCGCCCCGUCCAGCCUCCCCAUGCCGGGUGGGAACACGGCUUUCAAUCAGCAGGUUCGGGCAAGGAUUUAUGAGGUAGAACAGCAGAUAAAGCAGCGAGGCCGUGCAGUGGAAGUUCGGUGGUCUUUUGAUAAGUGUCAGGAGUCGACGGCAGGGGUGACUAUUAGUCGGGUCUUGCAUACACUGGAAGUCUUAGAUCGUCAUUGUUUCGACCGAACUGAUUCCAGCAAUUCAAUGGAGACUCUUUAUCAUAAAAUUUUCUGGGCAAACCAAAACAAAGAUAACCAAGAGGUUGCCCCCAAUGAUGAAGCUGUGGUGACAUUGUUAUGUGAAUGGGCUGUAAGCUGCAAAAGGUCUGGUAAGCACAGGGCCAUGGCUGUGGCGAAACUCUUGGAGAAAAGGCAAGCGGAGAUUGAGGCAGAGAGAUGUGGGGAAUCAGAAGUCCUAGAUGAGAAAGAGUCAAUUUCUUCAGCAUCUCUUGCAGGAUCUAGUUUGCCUGUUUUCCAGAAUGUUUUGCUGAGGUUUUUAGAUACACAGGCCCCAGCGCUGUCGGACCCCAACAGUGAAUGCGAGAAGGUAGAGUUUGUGAACUUGGUGCUGCUCUUCUGCGAGUUUAUCCGCCACGAUGUCUUCUCCCAUGAUGCAUAUAUGUGCACCCUCAUCUCUCGAGGAGACUUAUCAGUUACUGCCUCCACGGGGCUGCGGUCGCCAGCAGGAGAGAAUUCAGAUGAACACUAUUCCAAGGAUCAUGAUAUGAAGAUGGAGGAGCACAGUGUCAUGGCGCGCCUGGGUCUCGGCUCAGGAGCCACUCACAUCUUUGAUGAUGUAGACAAGAGUGACUUUAAAAGUGACCCUGCUUCUGAGUUUCCAAUUUUUUCUCCCAUGCCUGGAGAAUCCUGUGAGAACAUCAACCCUUCCUUGAGCAGAAGACUGUCAGUCAAUGGUGAGAAACUGCUAAAGAGAGAAAAACCAAGAGAAUUAAUUUUCCCAUCAAAUUACGACCUCCUCCGACACCUGCAGUAUGCAACCCACUUUCCUAUACCUCUGGAUGAAUCUUCAAGUCAUGAAUGUAACCAGCGCACAAUCCUUCUCUAUGGAGUCGGAAAAGAGCGUGAUGAAGCCAGGCAUCAGCUGAAGAAGAUUACCAAAGAUAUCCUCAAAAUCCUGAACAAGAAGGGCACCACAGAAUCAGGGGUUGGGGACGAAGGACAGAAAGCCAGGAAGACCAAGCAGGAAGUUUUUCCAACCCCGGAAAAUGUGUUCACGAAACUCCAACUCCUCUCAUACUUCGAUCAGCAUCAAGUAACAUCUCAGAUCUCUAACAAUGUGCUGGAACAAAUCACAAGCUUUGCGUCUGGAACAUCCUAUCACCUCCCGUUGGCUCACCAUAUUCAGCUCAUCUUUGAUCUCAUGGAGCCAGCGCUGAACAUCAAUGGGCUGAUUGACUUUGCCAUACAGCUGCUGAAUGAACUGAGUGUGGUGGAAGCAGAGCUCCUCUUGAAGUCUUCUAGCCUGGCAGGAAGUUACACUACAGGACUAUGUGUCUGCAUUGUGGCCGUGCUCAGGCGGUACCAUAGUUGCCUGAUCCUAAAUCCUGAUCAGACAGCCCAGGUGUUUGAAGGGUUGUGUGGUGUGGUGAAGCACGUUGUCAACCCCUCAGAAUGUUCUUCCCCAGAGAGAUGUAUCUUGGCCUACCUCUAUGACCUCUACGUAUCCUGCAGCCACCUCAGAAGUAAAUUUGGAGACCUUUUUAGUAGUGCCUGUUCAAAAGUAAAGCAGACCAUAUACAAUAAUGUGAUGCCUGCAAAUUCCAACUUACGCUGGGAUCCAGACUUUAUGAUGGAUUUUAUUGAGAACCCCUCGGCAAGAAGCAUCAAUUAUUCAAUGCUGGGCAAGAUCCUCAAUGACAAUGCUGCCAACCGGUACAGCUUUGUGUGCAACACCCUCAUGAAUGUGUGCAUGGGACACCAGGAUGCCGGCCGGAUAAAUGACAUAGCCAAUUUCUCCUCUGAGCUAACUGCCUGCUGUACAGUUCUGAGUUCGGAGUGGCUGGGGGUUCUGAAGGCUCUUUGUUGUUCUUCAAAUCAUGUGUGGGGAUUUAAUGAUGUCCUCUGCACGGUGGAUGUGAGUGACCUUUCAUUCCAUGAUUCAUUAGCUACUUUCAUUGCUAUCCUGAUAGCACGACAGUGUUUCUCCCUGGAAGAUGUCGUGCAACACGUCGCACUUCCCUCUCUCCUAGCAGCAGCUUGUGGAGACGCGGAUGCAGAGCCCGGGGCAAGGAUGACGUGCCGCCUCCUGCUUCACCUCUUCAGAGCCCCCCAGGCCUGCUUUUUCCCUCAGGGAACAGGCAAACCUUUCCCCGGAAUAAGAUCAUCUUGUGAUAGACACCUCUUAGCUGCAGCUCACAACAGCAUAGAAGUGGGAGCAGUUUUUGCUGUCUUAAAGGCAAUUAUGAUGCUUGGCGAUGCCAAAAUUGGCAGUAACAAUGUCAACACGAUGAAGAAUGAAGACUUCGGCAUGAGGGGUUUACGACGUGAUGGGAAUGCUGAAGAUGCCUGGGCCACCUCGCAGAACUCAAAAUCGUAUGGGAAAAGUAUUUCCAUAGAAACUGCCAAUCUCAGAGAAUAUGCUAGAUACGUACUGAGGACUAUCUGCCAGCAGGAAUGGGUGGGAGAACACUGCUUAAAAGAACCAGAACGACUGUGUACAGACAAAGAACUGAUACUGGACCCCGUGCUUUCAAACAUGCAAGCACAGAAAUUGUUGCAGCUUAUCUGCUAUCCUCAUGGCAUUAAGGAGUGUACAGAGGGGGACAACCUGCAAAGACAGCACAUUAAGCGCAUUCUUCAGAAUCUUGAGCAGUGGACGUUGAGACAGUCCUGGCUGGAGCUCCAGCUCAUGAUCAAACAGUGCUUGAAGGACCCUAGCUCUGGUUCUGUGGCCGAAAUGAAUAAUUUGCUGGACAAUAUCGCAAAGGCAACGAUAGAAGUGUUCCAGCAAUCUGCAGACCUAAAUAAUAAUGCCUCCAAUUCUGGCAUGAGCCUCUUCAACCCAAACACUAUUGGAAGUGUUGAUCCAAGUAGCACAAGACAGAAUGGAAUAAAGACAUUCUUAAGUUCCUCUGAACGCAGGGGUGUGUGGCUGGUGGCCCCCCUCAUCGCCAGGCUGCCAACAUCUGUGCAGGGAAGAGUGUUGAAAGCCGCUGGGGAAGAGCUGGAGAAGGGGCAGCACCUGGGUUCCUCUUCAAAGAAGGAAAGAGAUAGGCAGAAGCAGAAAAGUAUGUCUCUUUUGAGCCAGCAGCCUUUCCUCUCAUUGGUCCUUACCUGCCUUAAGGGGCAAGAUGAGCAACGGGAAGGCCUUCUAACAUCUCUGCAGAAUCAAGUCAAUCAGAUUUUAAGUAACUGGAGGGAAGAAAGAUACCAAGAUGAUACGAAAGCCCGCCAGAUGAUGCAUGAGGCCCUACAGCUCCGCCUGAAUCUGGUAGGAGGAAUGUUUGACACGGUACAGCGGAGCACGCAGGGGACCACCGACUGGGCCCUCCUACUCCUCCAGAUAAUUACUUCGGGAACUGUUGACAUGCACACUAACAAUGAAUUAUUCACAACGGUUCUUGACAUGCUGGGUGUUUUAAUCAAUGGAACCCUGGCUUCUGACCUAUCAAGUGCUUCCCCCGGGGGAUCAGAAGAGAACAAACGUGCAUACAUGAACUUAGUAAAGAAACUGAAAAAAGAACUAGGAGACAAGAGGUCAGAAAGCAUUGACAAAGUUCGACAGUUGCUGCCUUUGCCAAAGCAGACCUGCGAUGUCAUCACGUGUGAACCCAUGGGUUCUUUGAUCGAUACAAAGGGAAACAAAAUUGCUGGAUUUGACUCUAUUGAUAAAAAACAGGGUCUCCAGGUCUCUACGAAGCAGAAAGUGUCCCCAUGGGACCUGUUUGAGGGUCAGAAGAACCCAGCCCCGCUGUCCUGGGCCUGGUUCGGCACUGUCCGUGUGGACCGGAAGGUGAUCAAGUAUGAGGAGCAGCAGCACUUCCUUCUGUACCACACGCACACCAUGCCCAAGCCCCGAAGCUACUACCUCGAGCCGCUGCCCCUACCUCCUGAGGAGGAAGAGGAAGAACUCACGUCUCCAGUUUCUCAGGAACCAGAAAGGAAAUCAGCUGAGCUGUCAGAUCAAGGAAAAGCUACAGCUGAUGAAGAGAAGAAGACAAAGGGAAGGAAGCGUAAGACAAAAUCGAGCUCACGCAUCGAUGAGUAUCAACAGACCAACUUAUACCGAGUGCCUCCCAAUUACUCCCCCAUGUCCUCCCAAAUGACGCAUCAUCCGCAACCUGCACUGUGGGGUUACAACCUGGUGAGCCAGCCUCAGCAGCCUAGCUUUUUCCUCCAGAAUCCGUCUCUGAAUCCAGGUGGCUCCCGAUUGGACCCUGCGGGCUCCUUUGUCCCAACCAAUACCAAGCAAGCUUUGUCCAACAUGCUGCAGAGACGCUCAGGCGCCAUGCUGCAGCCACCCUCCCUUCAUGCAGUCACGUCUCAGCAACAGCUGCUACAGAUGAAGCUUCUGCAGCAGCAACAGCAGCAGCAGCAGCAGCAGCAGCAGCAGCAGCAGCGGCUUCUCAGGCAGGCCCAGACUCGACCUUUCCAACAGGGCCAGCCAGGGGACCAGGCUGCUCUCUUUACUGCACAAGCACGGCCCUCCCCUCAGCUCCCUCAGUAUCCAGGGCUGCAACAAGCACAGACCAUGCCCCAGGGCUACACAAUGUAUGGAACACAGAUGCCUUUGCAACAGGCAGCUCAGCAGCAGCCUGGUGGCGUGGUCCUUUCCCCCAGCUACAACUCCAGGGCCUAUCCGGCUGCACAUUCCAGCCCAGCGCUGAUGGAAAGACUCCGGCAGCUUCAGCAGCAGCCAAGUGGCUACGUGCAGCAGCAGGCCUCCCCGUACCUGCAGCCCGUAGCUGGCUCUCAGAGACUGAACCACCAGGCUCUACAGCAGAGCCCUCUGGUGGGCGGGGGAAUUGACGCUGUGCUGACUCCCGCACAUCCCAACCUCCCCUCGGUGCCCCUGCCUCAGGACCCAAUGAGGCCCAGACAGCAGCAAGUUCGACAGCAGCAGAGACUCCUCCAGAUGCAGCAGCCCCAGCAGGCCCCCCAGCCCCAGCAGCCCUCACAGACCCAGAGUCAGGCCCUUGGUCUCCAAGCAAUGCAGCCCCAGCAGCCUUUGUUCCCCAGGCAAGGCUUGCAGCAGACCCAGCAACAGCAACAGACAGCCGCCCUGGUGCGACAGCUCCAAAAGCAGCUUUCUAGUAACCAGCCACAGCAAGGAGUGACUCCCUGUGCACACCCUUCACACUUUUGAAUCGGAAAGAGAAGACAUGAAGUUUAUGUUUGCACUGAAAAACAGAAAAUCAAAUUUAGUAGUCCUCAUAAGACGUCUCCUUUGGUCUUUGGUUAUUUAUGUUUUCCUAUAUUUUAUGCUACAUUUCAUGCAGAAGUAUUUAAAUAAGUAAAGGAGUCAUGGUUUGGUUUUAUCAGAUUUAAAAUAGGUUUUAAAAUGUGGAUCAUACAGGCCUACUCCAGAUAGUGUGGUAGCAGACCUUUUGAAACUGGUGCUUUUUUAUCUCAUAUUUACAUAAAGAAUGAAUUAUGGUAGGUUUAAAUAUUUAUGUAUUCAUUAACGAUUUUUUUUAAACCUGUGGUGGACCAAACUACUGAUUUGAAAGCUGUGGCAGGUCUCGCGGGAGUGGACACAUUAGCUCUUCACUCGACCGUGGCGGUGGGGUGAACAUUUUUUUUUUUUUUGCAUCACUUUAAUUUGAAAUGUUGAUCAUUUUCAUAAGCACUUUAUAAACUUCGUUCGCAUUUAUGAAGGACUUGGCUUCGCUUUUGUUGUGGUCCAAAGGUGCUGAAACGGAUUGUUGCUUAGUACUUCCGCUUCUUCAGGGCUUCUGCAAGAGCCACCUGGAGGACUGUGGGAGUCUCUCAGAAGCAGCUGCACUCAAAUUUGUUCCCAGUGGCAAAAUCUUUAUCCAGAUUCUUCAUGAAGGUACAACCUAUAACCACGGGAGGCCAGAAGAACCACGGUGGAAUCGGUCCAUUUUACUUACUGCCAGUUUUGGUUUAAAAAAAAAAAUAACUGUCCAGUUUAGGUUCUUCAGAACCUCAUGCCAACUUGAGAAAAAUAAAAUAAAAUCUCACAGCUGGCCUUAGAUUCCACAGUGCUCAGACUUGACAUGGUUUCCAGAGGGUUCUGGUAGUCAUCAAAGGUAUACUUGCUGUUAAUUUUGUAUGGUAAGUAUUUACAAUUUUGAAUUUAAUUAUUAAUGUUGGUGUCAGUCUUGGUUGUGUAUUGCUUCUACUGUAUUUAUAAACCGGUGCAAAAAGCACAAGUAAAGUAAAUUAUACAUCAAAAUUUAUUAUAAAGAAAUAGUAACUAUUUUAACUUUGUUCAAGUAUGUGGUAAUUUGCUCCUAUUAGAGUGAAAAAAUACAGUAAAUUAUUAUCAGUUUGUGUAACUUAAGAGUAUUCCGUAUAAUAUUUUUUUAGAAUUAGAUGCAUACAAUUUUGAAUGUGAAAAUUGCAGGGCAUUUUAAGACAUGUAGGGAUCUUUCCCUGUCCUUUGUUGGGUUCACUUUCUUUUUGCCAUAUGAUUUCACAUGUAAUGUAGUCAAGCAUACUGUGAAUAGAUUGUCUAUGAAGAGCAGACCCUGUAGAACUACUUUUUUAAAAUGUAGCUAGUACGACUUCAGAUGAUUUCUUUCGCAGAUUGUUAUUAUAAAUAAUUUAUAUCUUCCUAGGUGAGUUACCCAUUGCAGAGUUUGACUCAUUCAAAUGACCUCAGAUCCAUGUUUGCUUACUUUGCCAUGGCGACAUCGUGUGAACUGCUGUGUACACUGUGAAAUAUACCCCUCCAGCCUGCUUGUUUUGUGUUUACUCUGGGCUGGAAAAGACUUUGCCAAACAUUAAAGACCAUUCUUCCCACCGAGUUCACAUUCUCUCUGCUCUCAGACAGUGCAGUACAUUUCAGUGGUCCCAUAUGUCCGCUUUGCUUUCCUCUCCAGAGUCAUUCUUAAAAUUCACGAAGCUAUCCUCCUCCCUCCCCCCGCCCCGGGUAAUAGACCAUAUGAUUGCAUUCGCAAAACCACCGAAGUGUGAAUGUUGUGCCUAGUGAGUGGGCCAUAUCCUGUCCUCUCUGGUCUUAAUUCAAUGAUUGUUGAUGGUUAAAACUCCAGCUUCAAUCUGAACCUUGUCCUUUUCGUAGCUCAAUAUUGUGAACAGCAGAACGAGUGUUAGAACUGCAUAGCAUUUGUUUGCACUUUAAACUUUGCAGAAGUUAAUUUAUUAAUCAUUUUGCACAUGAAGGCUAUGGUUAUUCCUUUGUCGUUGUUUGUUUUAUUUGUUAAGAUGAGGAAGGUAAAUCAUGCUAAAGCCCUCUAGUUCUGAGAUGCCGUGGGGGAUGAGGAAAAACCUAGAGCUCUUUGCCCUGCGCGUUACAAGGAAAGCAACUGGAAUUUUAAAUUUAGUUAUUAUAUUUACUGCCACUUAAUUCUGCAUUCUGAGAGGUUUUUUUUUUUCUUUCAUAGCAAAUGCAUGUGGUUGGCAUUAAAAUUGUCCUAAGGAAAAAGCUCUAUUGCAGAACCUUGUCAUUUGCUGGGUGGGUUGCAGAUAGGAAAUUAAAGACCAGACCUUGAAAUCUAAUGGAAUUGGGUAUACUUACCAUUUCUGGCUAUAAGAACCCCUUAACAUCUGUGUUAUAUUGUAAGCUGAAUCUUUAGAGGGUGGCAUUUCUUGUUUUAUGUACCCUUUUUCAUCUAAAAGUAGAGGGAGACUACUCUACGGUGGGUAUCAUUUGACCUCUGGCAGCCAUAGAGUACCAAUGUUAACUGGAGUCAGCUCAUGUCUGAGGUAGGGGCCAAAAGAAAGUAGGCAUUACGGAAAGUAGGCAUCAAGUUCCAGAUGAAUGGCAUGUGCUAACAAAGCUCUUGGUCUUAGUGAUCUGGGCUAACUGAAUGACUUUUGCUUUUUUAAUUUACAAGGCUCCUUUAUAAAUAGAUGAAAUAAAUUUAUAAGUAGAUGAAAUUUGGACAGAAGCCAGAGAAAUUAUUCUAGAAAAAUCCCAGUCUUUAGAAUAAAAGAGGUGAAUCAUAUGAUACUCCCACAUAUAUUUGGGUUAAAUUAAACAUGUAAUGUUAGUACGGUGAAAUAUGAAAAUAAAACCCACCAUUUAAAUACAGUGAAACUUGAUUAUAUAGAAGCAGUUGUCUAGACUCGUGGAGGAAUUCUGCCUUAGAAAGUCUGUCUUCAGAAUGGCUCUGAACCAUGGGUGCCUGAGCAAGGCUUUAAAGUUAUAAGGAAGUGUCACUGUACCUGUAGAGCAUUUCAGGAUGACAGGUGUGGACAAAUGUGAAACCCGCUUUGCACUUCCCAAUGUGUGAGCAUUAGGCUGCCCUGUACAUGUAGAAAAGCUAGCCUGCAUUUGUUUUGUCUUGUUUGGUUUCAUUUUUAACGCAGGUAUUAAAACAAUGGGAACUUUCAGUGUGAACAAAUGGUAAACUAUUAAUCAUAAUCAGAACAGUUCUGCGCUUGUUUUCUGUAGGUUUUAUCAAAAUGUUUGUAAACCAGUGACAAAAUAUUUGUGCAUUGAGAUUAACACGGGCUGCAAACCUAAUCUUUCACGUUGUCUCCAUUCAUUCUGUGUGCGAUGUUUGUAACAUUGGUGGAAAACAGACACAAGGCAGCUGGCAACUGUUAGCGGAAGAAAGGUCUUUUUACUGAAAAUUCAGGUGCAUUCGCCAUUUGUUAAUUUGUAGCGGAUCAUUUUCUCUUAAUGUUUUUUAUUAUUUGUUGGCAAAAUCAAAGUGCCUUAAGUUAAGAGUUUGCUUUGAAAUCCAUGGAAACUCGGAAUCAGUUCACAGUGCAUUUAUUUACAAGUCUCACUGCAUGUCCAUUGUAAAUUUAAUACUGUAAAUGUAUUCGGAUUCAUUUACAUGCCUAUGGCUGCCUUUGAUUAAACUUCUUCCAAAAAAUAAAGUCUGCAGAUGUUGGCUUUUGUUCCA